UAAAUUUCAACAUCCACCGGGGAGGAACGAACAGAGCGAGCAAAGGGCUGUAGCCCCCACAAAAGGAAGGAAAGGGAGAGGAGAGGACAUGGCCCGCCAGCUUAACGAUGGCGAGGCUUCAAGCCUGUCAGUCUCUGCAGCCUCGGGCAAGUUAGCAGAGGUAAAGAUCACUGUGGACGAGGACGGGAAGGCUACUGUGAAACUCUCGCUGCUCAAGGAGUCGCCAGCUAAGAGACCGGAUCCUAAUAGCUCUGCUCAGAAGCCCAAGGCAAAGGAGGUCUCAAUGUUCGAACGAACCCGCAGUAUGCUCGUUGAGACGAUGCGCCGCGAGGAGGGUUCCAAGCAGGCUGUCAACACAAGGAAGUUGUUCGAGCACAUCAAGGCCUUCUUUGUGCAGGCAGAGCCGACGAUCGAGGAGAAGAUUGCUCAGAUGAUCAAGGCAGGACUUGAGCGCGAGCAUGACGAUGGUUCAGCGAAAGAGGACCAGGACGGAGGGCAGAGUGCCGCUCUCGACGAGAAGGUGGCUGUGGAGCUCUGUCUUGAGUGCCAACAGAUCAGCAAGCUGCUGCGAGAUGCGCUGGGCAUGCUUCUCCUGCAGAGUGAGCCGUUCGGAGACAAGCCCAUCCUGCCGGUCCUCGACAUGCUGGUCAAGGUGUACGAGUGGGAGAAGAACUUCCAGCCGUCGUUUGAGGAUCCGCCGGUCUGGUCUACCGGUGAGACUGUUUCAGAGCCGAACUUGGAGGUCUU